AUGGCUCCGAGAAGAAGUUCUCUAGUCGAUCAAGCGUGCACAAAAUCAGAGCCAGCUACCGUUCUUAAAUUUUCCGCGGAUUUGAUUUAUGUCAGCACAAUCGAGCCUGCGGUUCUUGAGUCAAUGAUCCUAUCAGAAGACGCUGAGAUGGCGGUUCCACAAGGCCUCCUUGACACGAUUAAUUUUCAGUGCCGCAAGAAAGCCAAAGAAUAUUACGGUACUUUCAAGUUUGACUACGCACUGGCCGUUGAGCUUGGUAAUGUGCUUAGCGUCUCGCCAGAUUUUAACGGAAGUAACAGACGUCGUAGAAAAGCAAUGGCGUAUUUCUACGACAGCUAUUAUUAUUUCGGAGAUGAUCCAGUGGCCGCUUAUGAGGAUAAGUAUCAGAGUCAAGGGUUCAAACAUUUCUCAAACAAAGAAGAAGACAUCAUGCUGUUCGACUUGGCUUUGGAUCUGCCAGAAUUUGAAGUCGCUGAAGGAGAAACUGAUUCUGGGCGGAGCGCAGUUUACGGUCUCCCGUUUUCUGUGCGGUUGAAUAUGACACUCUCUAUUCGCGGAAGAAGGAAUUUGAACUUGCAGCAGCAAAACUUGGCACAUGAACUCUUUCAAAACUGCACAGCGGAUUUGAAAGAGCAUUUUGAAGGAGAAAUCGCCACUGAUGAAAACUUAGUAACUGCUGGCGACAAUGUCGCUUCACAAAUGGAAAGCUCAGACAUUUUAUGGAAUUGUCCUCAAGGAUAUCAGCUGACUCAAACAGCCGAAUCGUUUGUCUGCAACAAAUGUCCCGAAGGAACUGUUUAUCACGAGAAAAGAUGCAUGACCUGCGAGCUCGGAAGUUAUUCAAAUGACGGAACGACUUGUAGAUCGUGCGGCGCCGGGGAUCUGACGAAAACAUAUCUUGCAACUUCGGAAGCGGAUUGUUUUACUCCUUGUUUAGCUAAAGCGCCAACCCAGUUUCUCUUUUUAAUGGAUGAUCAAUUGAACGAGGAAGAUUUGGAACUUGUUAGCGAUUAUUUCUCAGGGUUCUUCAACAUCACAUGCAGAUCGUCUCUAAAUUGUGCAAAAUUUGGAGUUUUAAAACAACAGAACUCAGGAUUAAAUUUUAGCUUCACUCCGAACUCAUUAAACCUAUCAAGCUUAUUCAAGAAAAAGUCAAAAAUUCGUGCUGAUGCUAAAAAUCAGUCGAAAGUUCUUAAUAAAAUUUUCAAAACCAAAUUAUCGACAAGUAAAAACGUUGUUGUCUUUCAAAUUGGAAACUUCAAAUCUCAAGAUUUGACAGUUAUAAAUAAGAUUUUCAAAGAAACGGCCGACUCGAUCAUAACAAUUUCGACAAGAAACAGAAGAAAUGAAGAUAUCUUUCAAAGUGUGAAAGAUAAAAACGACAUAAUUUUGUUGACUGAAUUCAGGGAGAUAAGAUCCCUGGCAGAAACUAUCUCUGAACGAAUUUGCGCUUCUUUUUAA